CUUGCACCUACAUUCCCAUCAAUUACGCUUGAACCUUUUCUCAAACUUGCAGUGUCUUCUUGCUGCAAUCAGCAAACAGGAAAUCGCUGGUCUUUUAGCUUCUUUCGCAGGUCCAAGUCGCACUAUUAUGGAUAUCGACAAUCCACCACCGCAGGAUCUUGACUCAGUUGAUCCCGCCCAGUCAUUGCGCGCAGCCGCUUUGCUUUCAAGAAAGCGCCGCAAAGUUACUGUCGAGCAACCGCCAGUAAUCCCUCAACGCCCUCUGGUCGAGCAGACUCUGCACUUAGAUUACGGUCAAGAAGAUACUGCUACAUCCUCAACGCCUUCUGCAAAUUUUCCCGCGACAGAAACAAGGGCUCCAUCGACAUCAGAGGAGAUUCAUAAUCCGAUAUCAGAAAUUGAAGAUGGUCAGAUCCGAGAGGAAGGUGAAAUCAGCGAUACGGAAGAAGCCGCCCCACCGCCAAGGCCUACCUCUCCGCCUCCAAAAUUUCGGAGACUCGAAACUUCCUCGAAGGACACCGUCGCUUACAAACGUGUCUCUACCUCUCCAGUCGAGUCAAAUAAUAGGCAUAGGCCUUCACCCCGCCUCGAAUCACCCUUCACCUCAAAUCCUGCCUUCGGAUCAGAAAUCUACCAGUCACCGCCACCAACUUUCCUGCAACCAUUUGUUCUUGAGACACCUACAUAUAGACUUGACCCAGAUCAUGUCAGGCCAGGGCUGGCCAUGACCGAAGAUCAGUAUAAUACCGCAAAAGACAUCGUCCUGGAUCUACUUGGAUGGGGUGUUCCCCCUGAGUACCUCGUCGAUUGUGGCCUUAGCCGUCACGUCGUAUUCUAUGUUUUCACCGAACUUAACUUGCGGAUGCCUACAAAUUUGGAUACCAGUGGUCUCAUCCCAUACCCUACCCCUGAAAUGAUGUACUCCAUUCCUGCUUCACCUUCCCAAUCAAUUCGCUCCUCCUCAUCAGUGAUGCCCCCGCCGCCAACAAUCCCUUCUCACAAAGAAUUGACUAGCCCAGUUUCGGGUGCUUCUGAUCACUCACGUGGCAGACUCGCUACUCGUCUUGGCCUCCGUAUAUCGUCAGGUGGUGAGCCCACCGACGUGAAGCUGGAACCCACAUCCCCAUCAGCAGUCGACUCGUCAUCUUCUCAUUCUCUUCACAUGAUCGAACAACAACGACGACAAGAGCUACUUGCUCGAAAAGCUGUUUUCGCUUCUCGCAAGGCCAAGCAGUCUAAUUCCCCUGGCGGUUCAUCUUCGAGAGACAGGGACGUUGAAAUGUCCUAUGUUGCUCCAACUGAGACUGUCGAAGAUUUUUUAAAGAGCAUUCCUGCUGUGGACAGUGAAAUCGCAGAAAACGGUAGUAAAUCUCCAUCCUUGCGCCCGGCACGGUACUCCAGCCCUGGAAACAUGGAAGUUGAUAAGGCGUUCCUUGGUCUUGUCACACCGCAAUCGACCUCUUCUAUGGCGCCAUCUGGUUUGUAUCCAGCUGACUCAGAAUCAUCUGGAGUAGGCGGUACUAUUUCGCCGGUGACUGAUACUCCACCUUUGUCCGGCAAUUCCACUGCACCAUCCUCGGAUACGUAUUCUGGCGCAUCUUCAUGCACCGCGCCGGCUGAUUACUCUAAUUCCACUCCAGUACCCGCAUCCGCUACUUCAGGUUAUGACACCGAUGGCGUACAACGAAGGGGCACCAAGCGACCAGUCGCUGCAGACUUCGUUGAUUUUGACCAUGGUCCUGGUACUUCCAGAGCUUCUUCUGGCAACGGUUAUUCGAAUAAUGGCUAUACGCAUCCUAAUCUACUUCGACGGAACACAGGGAGUUUUGCGGGAGUGAGUGGCAUGCGACGAUGUGUCAUCGAACUGAGCGAUAGCGAGGAUGAUGGAGAUGGCGAAGGGACUGGUGAUACCGGUCCAUAUGACGGUCCAUCAUCAUACUCACCAAUGGUCUUCGCGCGUCCCCCACGGUUCAGUGGACAUGGGACGCCAAUUUCGUCCAAUAGUUUCGCUAAUGGCGAGGGGCGUUCGACUCCCUUGAAUUUGCAUCAAAUCAACUCUAAUGCCCCGGGUAUGUCGCCUGCUGCUCUCGUAGAGAAAGAGGAGGAGAUCAAAAGGAUGCGCCAAAUGAUUGCCCAGCGAGAAGAGCUUCGGCAGAAAAAACUUGCCGCUAUGUCGGGGAAAACGACGCCGGUAAUCCAAUCUGCAGCCGCAGGGCCUCUCACAGCUGAUCCUGCUGUACCUCCUUCGAUUGCCGUGGUUAAAUCGGCAGGUGGCUCUGGAGCGCCCAUCAACCAGGAGGACGCCGCCACGCCCCUUCAUAAUGGCGAUGUUGGGGCUACACAGUUGUCUGAAGACGCUGUAGAUGCCGUUAUGGCAGAUACGCAAGGUUCGCUUUAGUUUUCAUUGCCCUGUGCCUGUGUUGUCUUCGUAUAGCGUUGUCAUGUCGUGGCAUUGAUUUCAUUGCAUUGCAUUUCAACUGCGAUCUAUUUUUGAGUAUAGACUGUGUUUACCCUUGAUCUCUACUCCCUUUCCUUUUCUCACAAUGCGAUACA